AUGGUGCCAUCCAAGUUGCAUAUGCUUAUCUGCCUCUGCAACUGCUUCACACUGAUUCAUCCUUUUGACUGGCAAAGCCUAAAUCCUGCUGCCCAGAUUCAAUCAUCAGCUUGGAUCAAUAAAAUACAAGAUUUGAUGGUUGCUGCAAACCUUGGCCAAACUAAAAUUCCCAAAGGAGACGGAUCUUAUUCUGUUGGUUGUACAGACUUGAUGUUUGAUUACACUAAUAAGGGCAGUUUCUUGCGUCUGUAUUAUCCAUCCCAAGAUGAUGACCACAGCGACACUCUUUGGAUCCCAAACAAAGAAUAUUUUUGGGGUCUUAGUAAACUUCUUGGAACACACAGUCUUAUGGCUACAUUUUUAGAGUUACUCUUUGGUUCAAUGACAACUCCAGCAAAGUGGAAUUCCCCUCUGAGGACUGGUGAAAAAUAUCCAUUAAUUGUAUUUUCUCAUGGUCUUGGAGCAUUCAGGACAAUUUAUUCUGCUAUUGGCAAUGACCUGGCAUCUCAUGGGUUUAUAGUUGCUGCUGUCGAACACAGAGAUGGAUCUGCAUCUGCAACUUACUAUUUCAAGGACCAGUCUGAUGCAAUGAAAGGGGACAAAUCUUGGCUCUAUUUCAAAACCCUAAAACGAGAUGAGGAGGAGGCACGUCUACGAAAUGAGCAGGUGCAGCAGAGAGCAAAAGAGUGUUCCCAGGCUCUCAAUUUGAUUCUUGACAUUGAUCAUGGAAAGCCAGUGAAGAAUGCAUUGGAUUUAGAGUUUGAUGUGAAACAACUGAAGGUGAGCUUUAAAAAAGCCAUUUUCCCCCUUUUCCUGGGUGCAGUCCAUCAGAAUUUUGAUGACUUCACUUUUGCAACUGGCCAAGUAUUUGGAUACUUAUUCAAAUUAAAAGGAGAUAUAGAUUCAAAUGUAGCUAUUGAUCUUACCAACAAAGCCUCACUAGCAUUCUUACAAAAGCAUUUAGGACUUCAGAAAGAUUUUGAUCAGUGGGACUCUUUGAUUGAAGGGGAAGAUGAAAAUCUUAUUCCAGGGACCAACAUUAACACAACCAGCCAACAUGUCACCACUCUACAGAACCUUACAGAAAUAGGGAAAUAG